AUGGCCUUCUCCCAGGUGCAGUGUCUGGACGAUGGCCACGUCAACUGGCGCUCGAGCGAGGCGAAGCCCGAGUUUUUCUACAGCGAGGAGCAGCGCCUGGCGCUGGAGGCCCUGGCGGCGCGCGGCCCCAACGCCUUCUACGAGGUGCUCAAGCGGGAAAACAUCCGCGACUUCCUCUCGGAGUUAGAACUCCAGCGCAUCCUGGAGACCAUCGAGGUGUACGACCCCGGAUCAGAGGACCUGCGGGGCUCCGGUGGGGCCCAAAGCCCGGAGGAGGCCGGCGAAGGUGAGGGGGCCAGCGGGGCGGACGACGGGGCCCCUAAGGAGACCGAGCCACUGCCUUCGCUGGAGUACUGGCCCCAGAAGUCUGACCGCUCCAUCCCCCAGCUGGACCUGGGCUGGCCGGACACCAUCGCCUACCGUGGUGUGACGCGCGCCAGCGUCUACAUGCAGCCCCCCAUCGACGGGCAGGCCCACAUCAAAGAGGUGGUGCGCAAGAUGAUCAGUCAAGCGCAAAAGGUGAUUGCUGUGGUCAUGGACAUGUUCACCGACGUGGACAUCUUCAAGGACUUGCUGGAUGCUGGCUUCAAGAGGAAGGUGGCUGUGUACAUCAUCAUAGAUGAGAGCAGCAUCAAGUACUUCCUGCACAUGUGUGAGCGUGCCUGCAUGCAUUCAGGGCAUCUCAAGAACCUCAGAGUGCGGAGCAGUGGAGGCACAGAGUUUUUUACCCGGUCAGCCACCAAGUUCAAGGGAGCACUAGCCCAGAAGUUCAUGUUUGUGGAUGGAGAUCGCGCUGUGUGUGGCUCUUACAGCUUUACAUGGUCAGCCGCCAGGACCGACCGGAAUGUUAUCUCCGUGCUGUCAGGCCAGGUGGUAGAGAUGUUUGACCGGCAGUUCCAGGAGCUGUACCUCACCUCACACAGCGUCAGCCUCAGAAGCGUGCCCAUGGAAAAGGAGCCUGAACCCGAGCCCAUUGUGUUGCCUUCUGUGGUCCCCCUGGUGCCUGCAGGCACUGUGGCCAAGAAGCUAGUCAAUCCUAAGUAUGCACUGGUCAAGGCCAAGAGUGCUGAUGAGCUUGCCAAAACCUGCUCUGAGAAGCCGGAAGCCAAGCCACCAGGGCCCCAGGGCCCAGCUCUGGUGGAGCGGCCCACUGAUGUGCCCGAGCUGCCUGCAGCCCUGCACCCGGGGCUUCUUAAUUUGGAGCGUGCCAACAUGUUUGAGUACCUACCUACGUGGGUAGAGCCAGACCCCGAGCCUGGCAGUGACAUUCUGGGCUACAUCAACAUCAUUGACCCCAACAUCUGGAACCCCCAGCCCAACCAGAUGAACCGCAUCAAGAUCCGAGACACAUCCCAGGCCAGUACCCAGCAUGAGCUCUGGAGGCAGAGCCAGGCUUGCAGUCCUGCCACAGUGCCAGACCCUGACCCUCAGCAUGGGGAGCUGGCCACCAAUGGCCUUCCUGAUGGGGACUCUGAGCUAAAGCCCCCUGUCCCUAAGCCCCGGACAGUCCCUGUGGCAGAUCUGCUUGCCCAAGAGGAUGGAAUAGACUGGGGCCCAGAGAUUCUAGACAAAGGGGUACCUCAAAAUAGGACUGACCGAGGGCUACCUCAAGAGUUGGGCCCAAGCCAUAGCUCACUCCAGCAACAGCUAACCAUGACCCAGGGUGAGCCCAAAAACCCAAGGGCAGAGGUCCCCAAUGGGCUAGAUGGGGAAGAAGAGGAAGAUGAUGAUGACUAUGUGACCCUCAGUGACCAAGACAGCCUGUCUGGCAGUUCUGGCCCUGGCCCUCGGCAGCCUUCUGUGGCCUCUUCCCUGUCGGACGAGUAUUUUGAGGUAAGGGAGCGUACAGCCCCUCUCCGAAGGCGCCACUCAGAACAGGCCACCAAUGGUACAGCCCCCUCUCCUUGCCGACAGCUGAGUGCCCCCCACGUGAGCCGAGGAACUUUUGGUGGACCAGUGCAGUGCUCUCCAUGGGCCCAAAGUCGAGCAAGAGAAGAGGCAGACGCCUUGAAAAGGAUGCAAGCCCAGCCGUCCCCAGACAAGGAGGCACAGGGCCAGCCACUCCGCCAUUAUAGGGUCUCACCCUCCAGGACCAGAGAUAAAGAUGGCUUCCUGCGACCACUCAGGAGCCCCGGAGCCCAGCAAUGUCGUCCUGCCAUUGACAGUGCCCAGAGCACCCACAGAAAAGGAAGCCCCCACCAAUGGCAAGCCAAGGGGAGCCUGAUGCCCAGCACUCUACCAGACCUUGGGAGCAGGGCCACUGAGGGGCAAUCAAGUCCCUUUGGGAUACCAUACUCUAAGUUAUCGCAAUCUAAACACCUCAAGACCAGGACGGGCAGUGGCCAAUGGUCCUCAUCUGAUUCCAAACAGAGGACCCAAGCCCCCAGGGACCACAAGGAUCCCUAG